UUGAGCAGCGAACUUAGCCUUAGCGUGGUUGACCAGUCGCCUGUGCGUAAGGGCGGGACGGCGCGUGAUGCGCUGACGGAGACGAUCGAGCUUGCGCGCGCCGUGGAGCGGCUAGGCUAUCAGCGUUUCUGGGUGGCGGAGCAUCAUAACCUUGCGAAUUUCGCAGGGACCAGCCCGGAGAUUCUUAUCGGGCAGAUUGCGGCGAACACGCAGAGCAUUCGCGUGGGCAGCGGCGGGGUGAUGCUGCCGCAUUACAGCGCGUUCAAGGUUGCUGAGGUGUUCCGCAUGCUGGAGACGCUGUUUCCGGGCAGGAUAGACCUGGGCAUCGGGCGCGCGCCGGGGAGCGACCAGAUUACCGCGGCUGCGCUGUCGUAUCCGCGUCCUCAGCUGGAUGUGCGGCACUAUCCCCAUAGUCGUGCGCGACAUGCUUAA